CAAACCAUAUUCUUUCAUCCAUACAAACCACUACGCCUGCCAUAAUGAUAGGUUGGGAGGAGGUGUAUAAGGUGGUGGUGGCGAUGGCGCCGCUGUACGUGGCGUUGGCGCUGGGCUACUUCUCCGUCCGGCGGUGGCACAUGUUCAAACCCGACCAAUGCGACGCCAUCAACCGCUUCAACUGCUUCUUCGUCAUCCCUUUCUUCAACUUCCAGUUCAUGGCCCACAUAAACCCUUACCACCUCAACUACCCCUUCCUCUCCGCCGACGCCGUCGCUAAAACCCUCGUCAUCGCCGCCCUCGCCGCCUGGGCUAAUUUUACCAAGAAAGGCAGCCUUUCCUGCUCCGUCACCGCCUUCUCUCUCUCCACCUUAACCAACACCCUCAUUGUCGGCGUGCCGCUGCUCCGGGCCAUGUACGGCGACCUGGGCGCCGACCUCGUCGUCCAGGCGGCGGUGAUUCAGAACCUCGUUUGGUUCACUUUUCUCCUCUUCGCGUUGCAGUUCUGGUUCACCCGGACCCACCCGACGACGUCGUCCCGGGUCGCCGGCGCCGGCGCCGCCCGAGAUUCGCAUGGCUCUUCCGUUCAGAUGGCCGGCGACGUCGAAGCUAAUAAUAAUAACGAAACUAACACUUAUAGUGACGAUUCUGCCGUGACGGAAUCCACGUCAGUUUUGUCACUAAUGAUGCCCGUUCUCUCUAAUCUUGCUCAGAAUCCUAAUUCCUAUGCAUGCUUUCUUGGCCUCUUCUGGGCUCUUUUGGCCAGCAGGUGGGAUUUGCAGCUGCCAAGUAUAAUAGAAGGGUCUAUUGUGAUCAUGUCAAAGGCUGGGAGUGGAGUUGCCAUGUUUAGCAUGGGACUUUUUAUUGCACUACAAGAGAACAUAGUUGAGUGUGGUGCAAGUGUGACGGCAUUAGCGAUGGUUUUAAGGUUCAUUGUCGGACCAGCAACCACGCUAAUUGGAUGUCUCGUUUUAGGUUUGCGUGGUGAUGUCCUAAGGAUUUCUCUCAUCCAGGCCGCACUGCCUCAAUCUCUUGCAUCCUUCGUUUACGCCAAAGAAUAUGGACUCCAUGCAGACAUUCUCAGCACCGCGGUUACCAUUGGCACCUUGGUUUCUGUUCCGUUGCUGAUUACGUACUACGUAAUAUUGGGGUUCCUACACUCAUAAUUUACUAUUUGUGAUGAUGCCUUGACAACUUUGUAAUUCUAUUAACUUUUAAUAUUAGCAUUCCUCACUUAUGCUUUUUUUUUUUUUUUUUUUUUUGGAUCAAAGGGAACGGUAACUCGGGCAUUACCACUGUCA